AUGGGCAUCGUGCUAAGUUGCUGCCAGGACAACGAUUCUGAAGAAAAUGAGGCUCUGCUUGCGGGACAGCAGAAUGGUUUUGGCGAUGACUCCGCGGAAGAUUACAAUGCUCGACAGCUUCAGACGAAGCUUCAUGAGGAGCAGAUGCGUGCAAGAGAUGAAGCAUUGAAAGAGAUUGUAUCAAAUACGAAUGAUAAGCUUAUAGACAUUUCUAUGAUUAGCAACAGUGGAAUUGUGAUUCAGGGUACGGAUUUGAAGAAAGGUCAGGGAGAAAUGGAGUGCAUAUCUCAAGAACGACCUCGAUCAGAUGCCGAUGAAUUGAUACUAGAAGGUGUAGGUACGGGCGCAAUGAAGUACACUGUUCUGGAUGCAGAGAAAGUACUAUCAGCAGAAAUGAGGCAACAGCUGAAAGCACUCCACAACGCGAUAUUUGAAAGUCUUGAUGAGCAAUUACAGGAAGAAAUACCAAGCGAUCUUGUCGUUAGUCUCUCCAAAUAA